CGGGGCCUGUAGCUGUGGUGACCGUGACGUAGUUGGUGACGUCGCUGCGGUGCUGAUUAUAUAGAGCUGGGCAGCGCGUUCUCCUCAGUCAGGCGGAGGUAGAGCGCGGUCCCGGCACUCAACGAGACUCGGUUCACCGUCAGCAUGGGAUACGGGGCUGGACGUGAUAAGUAUGAGCCCGCAGCCACCUCCGAACAUGGCGGCAAGAAGAAGAAGGAGAAGAAAGGCAAGGGCAAGGAGCGGGAUUUGGACGAGCUCAAGAAGGAGGUUUCUAUGGAAGACCAUAAAAUGACCCUGGAGGAGCUGCACCGCAAGUAUGGCACCGAUCUGACCCGGGGCCUCACCACCGACCGGGCAGCUGAAAUUCUGGCUCGAGAUGGUCCAAAUGCCCUGACCCCUCCCCCCACCGUUCCAGAAUGGGUGAAGUUCUGCCGCCAGCUCUUCGGGGGUUUCUCUAUGCUGCUGUGGAUUGGCGCCGUUCUCUGCUUUCUGGCCUAUGGUAUUCGAAAGGCAUCGGACUUGGAGCCAGAUAACGAUAAUCUCUACCUCGGUAUUGUCCUGUCUGCUGUCGUCAUCAUCACCGGCUGCUUCUCCUACUACCAAGAGGCAAAGAGCUCAAGGAUCAUGGAGUCCUUCAAGAACAUGGUGCCCCAGCAAGCCCUGGUCAUCAGGAAUGGUGAGAAGCUCUGUAUCAAUGCAGAAAACGUCGUUCAGGGAGACCUUGCGGAAGUUAAGGGCGGUGACCGGAUCCCAGCCGAUCUGCGGAUCAUCUCUGCCCAUGGCUGUAAGGUGGAUAACUCUUCCCUGACCGGAGAGUCUGAGCCCCAGACCAGAUCUCCUGACUUCACAAACGAGAACCCCCUGGAGACCCGGAACAUUGCCUUCUUCUCCACCAACUGUGUGGAAGGAACUGCUCGCGGUAUUGUCAUCAACACUGGUGACCGCACAGUCAUGGGACGAAUCGCUACCCUGGCGUCUGGUCUGGAGGGCGGCCGUACACCAAUCGCUGUUGAAAUUGGGCACUUCAUCCAUAUCAUCACUGGGGUGGCUGUCUUCCUGGGUAUCUCCUUCUUCAUUCUGUCACUCAUCUUGCAUUAUACCUGGCUUGAGGCUGUCAUCUUUCUCAUCGGUAUCAUUGUCGCCAACGUUCCUGAAGGUCUCCUGGCUACAGUCACUGUGUGCCUUACACUCACUGCUAAGAGGAUGGCUCGUAAAAACUGCCUGGUAAAGAACUUGGAGGCUGUGGAAACCCUCGGAUCUACCUCCACCAUCUGCUCUGACAAGACCGGAACCCUCACUCAGAACCGGAUGACUGUGGCACACAUGUGGUUUGACAAUCAGAUACAUGAAGCAGACACCACAGAGAAUCAGAGCGGUGCCUCCUUUGAUAAGAGCUCCCCCACCUGGACAGCCCUGGCGCGUAUCGCUGGCCUGUGUAACCGUGCAGUGUUCCCAGCCGGUCAGGAGAACACUCCUAUUCUGAAGAGGGAUGUUGUUGGAGAUGCCUCUGAAUCUGCUCUGCUGAAGUGUAUUGAGCUCUGCUGUGGCUCCGUCAAGGACCUGCGAGAGAAAAACCAAAAAGUGGCUGAGAUCCCCUUCAACUCCACCAAUAAGUACCAGCUCUCUGUACACAAGAAUGCCAACCCUUCAGAGUCCCGCUACCUGCUGGUCAUGAAGGGCGCCCCCGAGAGGAUCCUGGACCGCUGCACUAGCAUUCUCCUGCAGGGCAAAGAGCAGCCACUGGAUGAGGAGCUGAAAGAUGCCUUCCAGAACGCUUACCUGGAGCUUGGAGGCCUGGGCGAGAGAGUCCUAGGUUUUUGCCAUUUGACCCUCGAUGAUGAACAGUUCCCUGAUGGCUUCAGUUUUGAUACAGAAGAUGUGAAUUUCCCCACAGAGGGCCUUUGCUUUGUUGGCCUCAUAUCAAUGAUUGAUCCUCCUCGUGCUGCUGUGCCCGAUGCAGUUGGCAAAUGCAGAAGUGCUGGAAUUAAGGUUAUCAUGGUUACUGGUGACCACCCCAUCACUGCCAAGGCCAUUGCCAAGGGAGUGGGUAUCAUCUCUGAGGGCAACGAGACCGUGGAAGACAUUGCAGCCAGACUGAACAUUCCAGUGAACCAGGUGAACCCCAGGGAUGCGAAGGCGUGUGUAAUCCAUGGCACAGACCUGAAGGACAUGAACGCAGAUCAGAUCGAUGACAUCCUCCGAUACCACACAGAAAUAGUGUUUGCCAGAACUUCCCCGCAGCAGAAGCUCAUCAUUGUGGAGGGUUGUCAGCGACAGGGAGCCAUUGUGGCUGUGACUGGAGAUGGUGUGAACGACUCCCCAGCUCUGAAGAAGGCUGACAUUGGCAUUGCUAUGGGUAUUGCAGGUUCUGAUGUCUCCAAACAGGCUGCAGACAUGAUUCUGCUGGACGAUAACUUUGCCUCCAUUGUGACUGGUGUGGAGGAAGGACGUCUGAUUUUUGACAACCUGAAGAAAUCCAUUGCCUACACCCUGACCAGUAAUAUCCCAGAGAUCACACCUUUCCUCAUCUUCGUCAUGGCUGACAUCCCUCUGCCCUUGGGCACCGUCACCAUUCUCUGCAUUGAUCUGGGCACUGACAUGGUCCCCGCCAUCUCCCUGGCUUAUGAACAAGCAGAAAGCGACAUCAUGAAACGCCAGCCCAGAAACCCCAAAAAGGACAAACUGGUGAAUGAGCGUCUGAUCAGUAUGGCGUACGGACAGAUAGGUAUGAUUCAGGCCCUCGGUGGGUUCUUCUCCUACUUCGUCAUCUUGGCGGAGAAUGGCUUCCUGCCGUCGACUCUGCUCGGCAUCAGAAUGUCCUGGGACGACCGCUAUACGAAUGACGUAGAGGACAGCUACGGGCAGCAGUGGACCUAUGAACAGAGGAAGAUCGUGGAGUUCACCUGUCACACCGCCUUCUUCGUCAGUAUUGUGGUUGUGCAGUGGGCCGACUUGAUCAUCUGUAAGACCAGGAGGAACUCCGUGUUCCAGCAAGGCAUGAAGAAUAAGAUCCUGAUCUUUGGGCUCUUUGAGGAGACUGCACUGGCUGCCUUCCUGUCAUACUGCCCGGGCAUGGACGUGGCACUCCGCAUGUACCCGCUCAAGCCCACAUGGUGGUUCUGUGCCUUCCCAUACUCGCUGCUUAUCUUCAUAUACGAUGAAAUCCGUAAACUGAUCAUCAGACGCAGCCCUGGUGGCUGGGUGGAGAAGGAAACCUAUUAUUAAGUGUGUGCGGUUUGUCCUGACAUUUCACAUAUUGCCCCCUCCCCACCUCCGCAACCUGCCUGCAGACCCUUGUUCCCUGCGUGCCCCUGUCCAGCCUGUCUCCCGUGGAAGAAGAUGCAUUUUGGCGAGAGGCGCAGAGUCGCCUGUGUGCGUCCUGUCCCGAGUUCUCAUUGUGCCUUCUCUGGUUUAGUUUUUGUAAGGGAGCACGUCCACAGAGAGGUUUUAUAUAUAUAUCUGCAUUUUUACAAAUAAAGGUGGGUUCCGAGGUC